AUGGGCUUGGAUUUUGCCCGGGCAGUGAACAUUGCUAUCGAGACUGAGGAUGCCGCCCGCGUCGCCAAGGAGACAGUCUACGGUGCGAAGUCCAACCCCGUGAACAAGGUCAAGGAGCACAAGCCCUUCCAGAAAGCCCAGUCGCCAAAGGAAGGGGGUGCCAAACCGAAGUUCAAGUGCUACCGCUGUGGCAAGGACAACCACCUAGCCAAUGAUUGUCGCUUCAAGAACGCCAUCUGCAACUUUUGCAAGAAGCAGGGUCACAUCGAACCGGCCUGCAUGCAGAAAGCCAGGGAUGCCAGACACCCUGUGAAGCAGAUUACCCAUGAGCUGGUUAACAUGGUAAUGGCUGACGACGAUUCAAUGCCCAAGCUGGAAGUGCCGAUCGAAAUCCAAGGGAUCAACCACGUCGUUGAGAUCGACACUGCGACGAAUGGAAACUUCGUCACAGAAAAUUUCUGGAAGAAGCUGGGCAAACCAAAGCUGGAGAAGCCGAAGUGGCGAUUCGAGUCGGCUAGCAAGCACGACCUGCCAGUUUUGGGUACAUUCACCGGAACUACCACGUUACCGGGAUCAGGAUUCAAGCACGACAUCCGCUACAUCGUCUCCACGGUUCCAGACCUAAACCUGCUAGGAAGGGCAGCAACGGAUCGAUUGGGAAUCUCGGUCGAUAACGCAAUGCAGUCGGCAAAACGCGAAGUCAACGCUGUCUUCGACGACCUUCCGACCGACAAACGGCUUCAGGCCGCCUGUCGAAAGCUAUGCGACCAGUACCCAGACCUGUGGAAAGACGAACUCGGGUGCCUAAAGGAUUUUGAACUCGAGGAGGACCUGGGCAAAGCCUACGAUGAUGGUAUCAAAAGAGGAGUCUGGAAGCCUGUGCAAUUCUGCGACUACGGCACACCCGUGGUUCCAGUCCGAAAGACGCAUACACCUGGCAAACCGAAGCCCAAGAUACGGGUAUGCGGCGAUUAUUCGGUGACGGUCAAUCCCCAGCUGGAAACACAUCGUCAUCCGAUGCCUCUCCCAGACGAUCUGAUGCGGAAACUGGGAGGAGGAUAUGGCUUCACGAAGAUUGACCUCGCAGAUGCCUACAAUCAGGUUCAACUAGCCACGCUCAGUCAAAGACGGCUAGCUCUGAACACUCACCGGGGAGUGCUGCUACAACUUCGAUUACCGUUCGGGAUAAAGUCAGCCCCCGGGUACUUCCAGGAGAUUAUGGAGCAGCUGACAAGUGACCUCCAGGGCGUUGCAGUUUACAUGGACGACAUACUGGUCAGCGGCAAGGACCCAAACGACCACGUGGAGAAUCUCCAGCGCCUCCUGCAACGACUCAACGACCGAGGACUCCGAUGUAGGCUGGAAAAGUGCCACUUCGCACAACCCAGCGUGGAGUACCUUGGACAUCGGCUAUCCAGGAAUGGAAUUGCGAGGGUCCGAAAGUGGAUGCCGUCCGCCAAAUGCCGGAACCGACUAACGUGUCAGGUCUCCGAUCCUUCCUGGGUUCCGUCCAGUUCUACGGAAAGUUCCUAG